GUGGUGGCUUACGCCUGUAAUCCCAGCACUUAGGGAGGCCGAGGCGGGCAGAUCACCUGAGGUCGGGAGCUCGAGACCAGCCUGACCAACAUGGAGAAACCCCGUCUCUACUAAAAAAUACAAAAUUAGCCGGGCAUGGUGGCACAUGCCUGUGAUCCCAGCUACUCGGGAGGCUGAGGCAGGAGAAUCGCUUGAACCCGGGAGGCGGAGGUUGCAGUGAGCCGAGAUCGCGCCAUUGCACUCCAGCCUGGACAACAAGAGCGAAACUCCGUCUCAAAUAAAAGAAAAAAAAGGGGGGGAGAGAUUAAGAACCACUCUACCCUUCAUGUCCAUUUGGGCGCUAUUUAUAUACAAACCUUUUCCGCGUGGGAAGGCAGGGAGGGAUAGAGGGAGAAGCCAGUAGCUUGGCGGUCUACUGAGAACGACCCCAGCUUUAGGCUUACAGACAUCAAAAGUAAUCACUCUUCUAUAUGAGAAAAGACAACACGCUCAUUAAUUUUUUAAAACGUAGUUACUUAAAAAGAUUGGGAGAUUUUCUAUUCCUCUAUCAAUGGGGAUUUCCAGGCACGUGCCCCACCCAAGGCCCACGCCCAGAGCGCCCGAGUGGCAGGACAACGCCCGCUGACAUCUUCCCGUCCCGACGGCACAGGAUACUCCGAGCUCCGCCUUUUAGAUUGCACCGAGAGAAGCCAGCUACAGCUUUGAGUCCAGGCCGGGUUUUCAAGCAUCAAGACGGAAGUAACAGCGGAAAGGAAGUUCCAAGGCCCGCGCUGGGAAAAAGGUGGGGGGGACCAGGGGAAGACUCGGAGUGCGAUGGCGGCGCAAAUUCCAAUUGUGGCCACCACUUCCACUCCCGGAAUAGUCCGGAACAGCAAGAAGAGGCCGGCCAGCCCUUCCCACAAUGGCAGCAGCGGCGGGGGCUAUGGCGCCAGUAAGAAGAAAAAAGCGUCCGCUUCCAGCUUUGCGCAGGGUAUCAGCAUGGAAGCCAUGAGUGAGAAUAAAAUGGUGCCCUCUGAGUUUAGCACAGGACCUGUGGAAAAAGCUGCCAAACCUUUGCCAUUUAAGGAUCCCAACUUUGUGCACUCUGGCCACGGUGGCGCAGUAGCUGGCAAGAAGAACAGAACCUGGAAGAACCUGAAACAAAUCCUCGCUUCUGAAAGGGCAUUGCCGUGGCAACUGAACGAUCCUAACUACUUCAGUAUUGAUGCUCCUCCAUCCUUUAAGCCAGCUAAGAAGUAUUCUGAUGUUUCAGGUCUGCUUGCCAACUACACAGACCCCCAGAGCAAACUGCGGUUCAGCACCAUUGAAGAGUUUUCCUACAUUCGGAGGCUGCCCUCUGACGUCGUCACCGGCUACCUGGCCCUGAGGAAGGCCACGAGCAUCGUUCCCUGAGCCCCAGAAAGGGAGAUGAAGUGGAAAGCUGUUUCAAAAACAGACUCUGGACUCAUGAUUUUGUUUCACGGAAACAAACUCGUUCUGCUGUCAAUCUGAAAUUGCCAGUGCUGUGCCUUGGAAAGAAUGUUUGGCUUUAAUUUAAGGGUUUUUUUUUUUUUUUAGUGUGUGUUUUCCCUCCAAGUGUGAUAUUUCCUGCUGAAUUAAAUUAUACUUCAGUUGUUGCCUCAAGUAAAGGUGUUUGACAAGAAGAUACAAUAAAACCAUACUUUUCAUUUA